AUGCACGCAGCAUGCUGGGCAUGCCGCAGUCGUACGAUCCAAUGCGACCAAACCAGCACACCUUGCGCCAAGUGCAAGAAGGCGGGGCUGGAAUGCUUUGAUAAAAGACCCCUUCGAUGGGUCAAAGGCGUGGCAAUCCGGGGGAAAAUGCGCGGUCAAGUCCUCGGAAUGGGUCCCAAAGCCUCAGAUGAAUAUCCAUGUGCGGACUCCAAGCCGAAACAAACCUCACAUCCAAGCGCGACGUCUCUAGCAAUCAAUCCUACUCCUCGGUUCGCGUUGCAAGACCCCUGCGUCCACGAUCUCGAUUGGUCAUCGAGGUUCUAUCUUGACUAUUCUGUGGCCGCACGGCAUUACGCGAAUGCAGGCCAUUCAUUCGAUCGAACCGAGGACGCUUUAUCCCCUCGAUAUGUCAAUGCUAAUUUGGAUGCGCUCCAUUUCAAGAGGCAAACUAUUCAAGCAUUGUCAUCGUCAUUGUCUCAUCCAGACAGUUCUCAGAAAGAUGAGGUCAUGGCAAGUAUUCUUCUUUUAAUUUUUCUUGAUCUUCUCGAGUCGGGUAUCGAUGGUUGGAAGCAUCAUCUCCGUGGUGCAGAAGGUCUCCUUGACCUUUCGCGCGCACUGCUGGAUUCUGGUGCCGGUGAACAUUCCAUCACCGGCCCUUCACAAGCAAUAGAUGAGACGAGGCGCUUCAUUGCCCGUCUAUUUGCGCUCGUCUCAACCAUGGGAGGUACACUUUCAGGUCUAAAGUCUAGUCCUGAGUUAUGUGCCAACCUUGAAGAGAGCAAGUAUCAAGAGUUCAUUAUUCGAAGCUUUCUGGGUUGCCCUGUUUUUCUACUAGGGGCUAUUAGUUAUUUUUCGAACCAAAGACACGCUAUUGAGACAGGCGUGCACGACGACACCUCGAUUCACGAGCACAUACAACAUACACUACGCAUGCUUGAGCUGACUAUGGACUUUGAUUGUCUGAAAUGGGCAUCGUAUUUUGUGCAGUCAACAGCUACCUCAACAGUGGAGAUUCAGAAGCUUUCUUUGUUAUCUCAAGCAUAUAAAACUGCCACCAUACUCUACGGAAACCGGGUACUUUGUGCUGUAACACCGACAUUGACCAAAAAGCUCGACAGUGAGACCUUGGUGUCGCAAUUACUUGACGUGAUCGAGUCUCUCAAAUUUGACGAGGGUUUAUUCAAAUGCCUGCUGUGGCCUAUUUUCAUUGCAGGUCUUGAGUGCCAGACUGAUGGCGAGCAAAUGCUGGUCAUCGGGUCUCUAAGAUUGCUUUGGGAUGUGACCUGCUGUUUGAAUGUGAUAAGUGCUUCAAGGAUUCUGCAUGAACAUUGGAAGCGAAAGAAUUCAGAUGGCAAUUUGGUGCCGCAUGAAUCGGAGCUUUACGUGAUAGAAGAGGGGUGGUUGCUCAUUUGA